AUGCAAUUGAAGAAUUUUGGGGAAUUUGAAUCAUGUGAAAGUUUAAAUGAAAUCAUUUUAGGAAACGAAAUCACCAAAAUUACUUCAUAUUGCUUUGCAAAUACAAACAUAUCGAGUAUAAUACUUCCAGAAUUAUUAGUAUCCAUAUAUUAUAAUGCUUUCGCAAAUUGUACAAAUCUAAGAGCAGUCAUAAUUCCAAGAUCUGUGAAUUAUCUCGGAGGCCAUUGUUUUCCACCUUCCACCUUAGUUACUUUUGCUGAAGGUUCAUCCUUAAUCCAAGAUGAACAAGGUCUAGUUUAUAGCAGACAAACAGAACUUGUUUUAUAUCUUCGUGAUAAUUAUUCAUAUACCAUCCCUUGGUUUGUAGAGUCACUCGGAAACGGAGUAUUCAGUGAAAAUUAUCAAUUGAAAUCAAUUAUUUUUGAAGAUAAUUCAGUCGUUAAAUCUAUUGGAAAGAAUUCAUUUGCCAAUUGCCCAAAUUUGACAUACAUUAUUAUCCCAGAUUCUGUAAUGGUUAUUAAAGAUAGUGCAUUUACGGGUUGCACUUCUUUGAAAAACUUUAAAUUUGGACCUAAUAUACAAUCAAUCAAUUAUAAAGCCUUUGAAAAAUGCAUAAAUAUUGAAACAAUCGAAUUUUCUGGUGGCCAAAAUACAACAAUUUCGAAUUAUGCUUUCUUUGACUGUAAUAAUCUCAAAAAUAUUAUUUUUUCAAAUAAUAUAACAGCGAUUCAGAGUUCAUGUUUCUUGAAUUGUUUGUCGUUGAGAGAAAUUGUUUUCCCGUCAUCGUUAGAGAAUAUUGAUACAUAUGCAUUCAGUAACACAGGAAUCACUAACAUCACAUUCCCAAUUGACUCUAAACUUACAUCUAUUGGUAUGGGUUGUUUCAGCAAAUGUUAUAAUCUUUCACACAUCACACUUCCUCCAAAUGUCAAACAGAUCGGCUCCAACUGCUUCGAGAACACGAACAUCACAACUUUCACAGUUCCAAAUCGCACAGAGUACAUGUCAGACUACGUCUUCAAAGGAUGCAAAAAUCUCGUCAAGUUCACAAUCCCACAAGACUGCUCUCUUCGAAACAUCGGCAACUUGUUCUUCGACGGAUGUUCAUCUCUUUCUGUCAUCGAAUGUCCACGAAGUGAAUACUUCUCAGUCGAUGUCGGUGCUCUUUACAACAAGUCGGAGACAGUCCUCUUCUGCUUCCCUCCAGCGUCAUAUAUCAAGUUCUUCAACCUCCCACAGACACUCCGAACUAUAUCAUCAGGCGCAUUCAUCGGAUGCAGAAAUCUGAUCAGCAUCUCUAUCCCAGACGACUCCGUUCGUACCAUCAAACAAUAUGCAUUCGCGAACUGCUCUUCACUGACAUCGAUCAACAUCCCUAAGUGCGUCGAAAACGUCGAGAGUUCUAUCUUCUUCGGAUGUGAUCAUCUUCGAUGUGGUGUCAUCAUCGAGAACAGGUCAAUCUCAUUCAUUCGAAAAAUCAUAUCAGAAUGUCUUCUUAACCCUAAAGCUAUAUACUCAUGUGACUUCCUUACAUGUCAAUGCAGAAUCAUCAACGCCGAAAUCACAAAAUCACUUCUCUAUGCAUUCACUAUUAUUCUAUACAUUGGACUGUUAUAA